AUGGUGAUCACCAACGUUCUCUUCAAGCAUCGUGCCCAACUCUCCCUCCAAAACGGGUUCGUACGUGUGACGAUACCGACCAACAUCAAGUGGCGACCUGGGAUGCACAUCUUUGUGCGAUUUCUCCAUAUUCGCCCGUUCGAGUCGCAUCCAUUUACGAUUUCAUCGCUGCCCGGUGCCGACGCGAAAGACGGCUCCAAGAACAACGAACUGGUAUUCCUGGUAAAGAUUGAGUCCGGAUUUACCCACUCUCUGGGUGACUGCGCGGCGCAAGAAGCUCCUACACGCCAGUUCCCCGUCAUUCUCGAUGGUCCAUAUGGAGAGUCAGGCGCCAACACUCUUCGCUCCUACGACAGCGUGCUCCUUCUUGCUGGUGGGAUGGGACUGACGUUUAUUACGCCCAUCCUGUCGGAUCUUGCGCGCUCUAUGAAGCAGAAGACGGGCAUUUGCAAGACGGUGGACGUCGUCCUUUCUGCAAAGCAUCGUGACGUCGUCAAGGCCUGCGAGGCACAGCUGCUUGGAGCCCAGAGUGUGAUUCGCGCGGCGGGAGGUACCAUCGAGUUCUACGUCCACAUUACUGGAGACUCUACCGGCGAAGAGGGACGAGUCGAAAGUCGAGAAUCGGAGAAAGAGGCGACAUUGGACGACGGCUCUCUCGGUCAAGUCAUUAUCGGACGCCCUGAUAUUGCUGGACUCGUCUCCUCAAGAGCUACAAGCUGGACUGGGUAUACCGCGGUCGCUGUAUGCGGGCCGCUGUCUUUCCUGACGAGCGCGUCAAACGCGGUCGCAAGGGUUCAGUGGGACAUUCUUCGAGGUUCGGCGACGUGCAAGGAGAUGCAUCUCCGGUCAGAGACAUUUGGAUGGUAA